AUGGUAUGGUAUGUUUUGAUCAGAUUUCUUGACAAGGCAGCUAUUCUUGAAAAUGAAGGGAGCUUAGCAGAGAAAAAAAGUGCCUGGAAACUAGCAACCGUAACCACAGUUGAAGAACUGAAGCUUAUCAUCAACAUGAUCCCUAUUUGGUUAUUCACUUUACCAUUUGGAAUCUGUUUUUCACAAACUUCCACUUUCUCCAUCAAACAAUGUGCCAUCAUGAAUAGAAAGUUAGGCAACAGGUUUGAGGUUCCUGCAGGUUCAAUUGUCACCUUUGCUGGAAUUGGGAUGAUAUUUUGUGUCACCAUUUAUGACAAGCUCCUAGUGCCAAUGCUAAGAAAACUAAUGGGAAAUGAAAGAGGAAUCAGCAUCCUCCAAAGGAUUGGUAUUGGAAUGUGUUUCUCGGUUAUCACAAUGAUAGUAGCAGCUUUGGUAGAGAGAAGAAGGCUCGAGGCUUUUGAGAUGAAUGGCCCAUUAAAGGGUUCUUUGUCAAUGAGUGCCCUUUGGUUGGCCCCACAAAUUCUAUUAAUUGGAUUUGGUGAUGGGCUCGCUCUUGUUGGCUUGCAAGAGUAUUUCUAUGACCAAGUGCCUGACUCAAUGAGAAGCUUGGGAAUAGCACUUUACUUUAGUGUGAUUGGAGCUGCAAGUUUUGUUAGUAGUUUGUUGAUAACAAUUGUUGAUCAUGUGACAAGUAAGAUUUGGGAAAGUUGGUUUGGUAAGGAUUUAAAUAGUAGCCGUUUGGACCAAUUUUAUUGGCUGCUUGCAACCAUGACCACAUUGAACUUGUUCGCAUUUGUGUUCUAUGCUCGAAAGUAUUCCUAUAAAAAUGUGCAAAAGGUUUCAAUGGUCAACCAUUAUAAAGGCAAAAGUGAUGAUGGUAGAGUAGAGACCGUGAUUUGA